AUGUCGUUCCCAUCACCGACCGAAAAGCAUCCGGAUACCACUACUGAAGCCAAUGUGGAGCCUUCAGAUGCAGGCAGUCGCCAACUUGCGGACAAGUCUCCUGGCGUCGUCCGGAUUGAAGCGAUUGCCGCCAACCUUGGGCCUGUGACGCGCAUAAUACUAUUCACUGGCAUCUUUCUCGUAGGUUACGCCUUUGGUCUGGAUGCAGUGCUUCGCAAUGUCUACCAGACCUAUGCCACUGCCAGCUACAGGGACCACUCGUUGCUGUCGACUGUGAAUGUCAUUCGCACCGUCUUUGCCGCUGCUGCUCAGCCCACGACCGGGAAACUCGCCGAUGCUUUUGGUCGUGUCGAGACCCUGACUCUCUCUGUUGUCUUCUACCUAGUGGGAUCAAUCGUUGAGGCCACUUCGAACGGGGUCGCCUCCUUCUGCGCCGGUGCAGUGCUGUACACUCUGGGAUUUACAAUCGUUCAGACCCUCGUCGAUAUCCUCAUCGCCGAUGUCACCUCUACUCGUGUCCGACUGCUGGCCACUUACGUGCCGAAUUUACAUUUUAUCAUCACCGCCUGGGUGUCUGGCAACAUUUCCUCUGCCGUCUUGGGCAGUACAACUUGGAGAUGGGGAAUUGGCAUGUGGUGCAUCAUCUUCACUGUGCUGGUCGUCCCAGUCGUCGCCACCCUCGUCUACCUUGAUCUGUGCGCCCGUCGAAACUCCUCCGCCACUCAAGCACCUCGAUGGAUCCCGGUGAAACAGCUCUUCUGGCAACUCGAUGUCCCGGGAAUCAUUCUUCUCAUCGCCUCACUGGCCCUCCUGCUCACCCCGUUAACCAUCGCUGGAGGCGAAAGCCCCAAGUGGCGCACUGCUCACGUUAUUGCGCCUCUGGUCAUUGGCUUCUUGUGUAUUCCACUCUUUAUCUUUUGGCAGACGCGAGCACCACAUCCCUUGGUUCCCUUCUCGUACCUCAAAGACCGCGGCGUGUGGGGUGCCCUGGGAAUUGCUGCGUUUAUGAACUUUGCCAACUCGAUGCAGUCCAACUAUCUGUAUACUGUUCUGAUUGUGGCCUUUGAUUUUUCAAUCACCGCUGCGACUCGCAUCGCAACCCUUUUCAUGUUCACCAUGUUUCUCGUCGGCCCAAUUUGCGGUAUCCUGGUCUACCGCGUCCACCGACUGAAAUACUUCAUCAUCGCAGGAACUGUCCUAUUCAUCGUUGGAUUCGGUCUCCUUAUUCGCUACCGCAGCGGCUCGUCAGGCUCCAACCAUGCAGGCAUCAUUGCUGCAGAGGUCAUCCUCGGCAUUGGAGGUGGAAUGACACCCUAUGCUUCCCUCGCAUCUAUGCAGUCCUCCCUCAAGCACGAAAACCUCGGUGUCAUGACCGGGUUAUUCCUCGCUUGCCAUAGCAUGGGAAAUGCGUUUGGUGCCAGUGUCGCCGGCGCGAUGUGGUCACAGCUCCUGCCAUCCAGGCUUGCGACGAAUCUCGGCGAUGUUGCCCUUGCCGCACAAGUUUAUGGCAACCCUUUCGCCGUAGUCGCUCAAUUCCCUGUUGGAACGGAUGUGCGCACCGCUAUCAUUGACAGCUACCGGUAUGUGCAGCGGUAUCUUUGUAUCACUGGACUGUGUCUGUCUCUUCCGAUGAUUGGGUUUGCGUUCUGCCUCAGGAACCCUAUCCUCAGCCGUGAUCAGUCGCUUGCUGAAAAGAAGGAGGCAAGUGCAGAGGAUAGGGCAUGA